AGAAGGGUCUGUUUCAUUGCAUGUUACCUGAAUGCUCCCUUUAAGUAGACAACAGGACGGUAAUCAGCAAAAAUGUCGUAUAGGCCGUUCUCACUCCUGUUUAUCAUACUGUUUUCCAUUCAGUAUUCAGGCAUUACCACCACAUCAGACGCCAGACGACUCUAUGAUGACUUGUUUAACAAAGAACGCUAUAAUAAAAUUGUGCGACCUGUCGACGGAUCAAACGAAUCACUUCAGGUCAUGUUGGGUUUGAGUUUGAUUCAGUUAUUAGAUGUGGACGAAAAGAACCAGAUAAUUACAGUCAACGUUUUAGUCAACCAUAUCUGGAGAGAUGCCCACCUUGUCUGGGACCCCAAGAAAUAUGGCGGAAUACGUGAACUUCCCAUUCCUGUGACAGAUAUCUGGAAGCCAGACAUUGUCCUCUACAACAACGCUGACGGCAAUUACCAAAUAACUAUUAUGACCAAAGCCACAAUGGACUGCAACGGGACUAUUAAGUGGACGCCGCCAGCAAUUUACAAGAGCUACUGUCCAAUCAACGUGGAAUUCUUCCCAUUUGACGAACAGAACUGUCACCUCAAGUUCGGUUCCUGGACGUUUGAUGGUGACAAAGUUAACCUGUUACACAUGCAGUAUCCGGGCACCGCGGAUGACGUCAUACUGGACGGUGCCAUAGAUCUUAGUCUCUAUUCAAGGAGUGUUGAAUGGGAGCUUAUGGAUGUGCCCGCCAUGAGGAAGACAAAGUUCUACCCGUGCUGUGAAGAGCCCUAUCCUACAAUUACAUACAAUGUGACCAUACGCAGAAAGACGCUUUUCUAUGCAGUCAAUCUCAUCAUACCCUGUGUAUCAAUUUCUUUUUUGACAGUUCUCACUUUCUACCUGCCAUCACAUAGUGGGGAGAAGAUCACGUUGUGCAUUUCUAUAUUGCUAUCUCUGACAGUGUUUCUCUUACUUUUGGCCGAUCUUGUCCCACCAACAUCAUUAGUUAUUCCACUGAUUGGCAAAUACUUGUUAUUCACAAUGAUUCUUGUAUCACUGUCAAUUAUAGCAACUGUUAUAGUGCUUAACAUUCACUUUCGUGGGCCCUCCACACACAAAAUGUCUCCAUGGGCCAAAAAAGUUUUCCUCCAGAUAUUGCCAAAGAUCCUUUUGAUGCGGCGUCCAAAAUCGGCCGUCCAGAUAAAACAGGGCAAGGAAAAAGAUAAGUCACAUGACAAUCUGACUUCUCAGUAUGGCACUUUGGGGCGAACCAUGUCUGGGAGCGACCCGUUGAAACACAAGUGGGACGAGGAAGAGGAGGAGAGAUAUCCACGAGCAAUUGAACGGGCACUGAAGUCCGUGCACUUCAUUGCGGACCACAUGAAGACCAGUGACAAAGAUUCAAAUAUAAAGGAUGAUUGGAAAUACGUUGCGAUGGUCCUAGACCGGUUGUUUCUGUGGAUCUUCACCUUGGCUUGCGUGGCUGGCAGCAUUGGCAUCAUACUACAAGCGCCAACUCUGUACGACGGAAGGACACCAAUUUCACUGCCGCCAUCCGAAGUGUAACGUUGACUGGCGUAUUUGUAUUUCAUGUAGAAACACGUCCUUACAAUAAGACUUCUACUCGUGAAAACUAAAAGACCAAAAUUAGACUGAAAGUUUGCAUGUUAUUCUCAAAUAGCAAAUAAGGAACAAUGUACCCUCUCCUACAGUGCUUAAACUUAAUAGCAGUGAGCUUCUUUUCAACCGAUUUCAUACUUCCCGUUGUUGCAAGAGACAAGGUCAAUAAAGAUGUAAUUUAGGCAUGGGUAUAUACAGCAUGUAUGUUACAAAUAUAUUUACUUUAGAGAUAUAUGCAUCCAGUUAGACAUACACAUAAGCAUCGUCUUUUUAUCUAAAUCCCAACGUUGUAUAUAUUGUUAAUUUUAAGUUUCACCUUUGAUAAGACAACGAUAUUUUCAUGAUAUCAGCUGUAAGCUUUUUCAAUGAAAUAAAAAAGGUUUUUACCCCAGUUGUUUUGCAACAUUUGCAACAGCGCUUUUGUAAGGUCUCUGUACCUGCAAAUCAAAUCGUUAAUCGUGUAAAAUGCUGUAGAAAUGUUACCAGAUAGCAUUAAACAACAGUGCUCGCCUUUUCACCAAAUACAUUGUACAAAUAGUGCGUGAAAAUAGAUUUGUGGAAAUAUUUGCUGAUGUAGGCGGGAUAAGUCAUAUGGGUUCUUGACAGUCGUGGUCUCUUCAGUUAUAAUCUCCAUAUUCUGUGACGUUCACAUUGUUGUUUCGUCUUGCUGGAUUAGCAAACGAACUGGGUAGUUGGUAAUAAUAUUGGUGUGGGUAGUGUUCUUUUGAUUGCAUUUCUAAACCAGAAACUUGCCAGGAAUGUUCGGGACUGGUGGCCAUUUUCGGUACGUGCAUUAACAAUGACAGAGAUGGGGAUGGUCGCGCGACGCUUGCGUUCUGGUUUGGUAGUCUGCUCUGUGUGACAGAUGUCUUGGUUCUGCGGACGGCACUGCGACGAGAGUGCAAAUCAACUGAACAAACUCGCACACCGUGCACACGGAAACUCCAAUGUAAAACC